AUCGUGAAGAUUACAUACAUGUUACAGUAGCUCAAAAAUUUACAUGCCACUAAUAGACUAAGGACUCCUUUGGAGUUGAACACAGUAUAAAACAACAAGUUUCCCAUAACAAUUAGCUGCAGAGGAGAACACAGAAGAAACAGAAAAGAGAAGAUGGUAAUUUCUAUCUUUUUCUUUCUUCUUGUCUCUACUUUGCAUACACCAUCAGCACAACAAACAAAUUCCAAUAUAAGCUUAGGUUCUUCACUAACACCCACCGGUACCCACUCCUCUUGGCUAUCCCGUUCCGGUCUAUACGCCUUCGGCUUCUACAAGGAAGCCGAUGGCUAUGCUGUUGGCAUAUUUCUUGCUGGAUUUCCUGAAAAGACUAUGGUCUGGACAGCCCUCAGAGACAACCCUCAAAGGGUAGUCCCCAGCAAUACCACUUUGCUAUUGUCUAGCGAUGGACGAUUACUCUUGCGGCCAACACAAGGCCAAGACAUGUAUAUAGCAAACCUUGACCAACCUGCUUCUUCGGCAUCCAUGCUAGAUUCUGGCAAUUUUGUCCUCUAUAACUCCGAUCAACAGAUCAUAUGGCAGAGCUUUGAGCACCCAACCAACACACUUUUGCCCGGUCAGCGCCUCUCAAAUGGAGCAGAGUUGGUAUCUAGUGCUUCGGAGACUGACCACUCCAAGGGGAUAUUUCGUCUCGCGAUGCAAGGGGAUGGGAACCUUGUGCAGUACGCGGAUGACAAUCCGCGCACAACCAGUAUGGCUUACUGGGCGUCUGGAACGAAUGGAGUAGGAAACAACGUGACCCUCAAUCUUGAUGAUGGUGGUUAUCUCUACUUGCUAAACUCAAGUUCUGUCCUAAUAAACCUAACAACAGGAGGAUAUCCUAAAAAAGGAAUGAUGUAUCUGAUGAGAAUUGAUGUGGAUGGUAUCUUCCGGCUUUAUGCACACAGCUCGGAUCAGAAAGGCAACUGGUCAGUUCUAUGGGAAUCUUCCACAGAUAAGUGUGACCCUAAAGGUCUAUGUGGCCUUAAUGGGUUUUGUACUAUGAUGGACAGGGAACCUUUGUGUCGAUGUAUUCCAGGAUUCGAUUUCGUUGAUCCAGGCAAGUGGAGUUUAGGGUGCGAGAGAUAUUUCACAGCACCAAGUUGCAAAGACAAGGAAGCGAAUGUGAUGAUGCCAUUACCUAGCACCUGGGAAGACCAUUCAUACAAGGUGUUAUCGUAAGUGCCAACCGCAGAAGAUUGUGAAGAAGCCUGUUUGGAGGAUUGUAACUGCGAGGCUGCACUAUACACGGGCACAGACUGCAAAAAGCAGAUGCUUCCUAUGACAUAUGGAAGAAGAGUGCCGAGUGACUCAACAGUUGCUUUCAUCACGGUGGGAACAUCUAAACCCAUCAUAAAUGGAGUCCCAAUUGACAAAUCAAAAGAAACCAACAAAGUGCUAAGGUACUUUGUCCUAGUAUGUUAAUUACGUAAUCAGGUUGAACUCAGGGCAAAAUUAUAUUGUGUAGAUUUAGUUGAAAUGAGUUUGUUUAAGUGGGUUGGAUAUUUGAUUAUUUAUGUAAUUUGUUUCCUUUUGGGUAAAGAUCAUAAUAAUAGUUUGAUGUUUGCUGAGAAUCAACAUAGGAGUUCAGUGUUACAAUAGAUUUUCCACACUUUGUCCAUAUGAAAGCAUGUACUCAGGCAUUCUACUCGAGGAAGUUAAGAAAUUAUAACUGGAUUAAAACCUAGUUUUUUUUUUUUUUUUUUUUU